UUAAAUUCUCUAACAUUGUUUAUUGUUUACUAAAAGAAAUUAUUUCUUUUCUUUUGAAGAGAAUUUUUUAUUUUUCUUUUCUAUUUUGUAGAAAUAAGUUUUUCUUUUUGGUGAAAGAAUCACUGAGUUUCCAGAGAGAAACCCCUUUGUUUGUCACCAGUAAAAGCUUUCAUAUCGGAUUGUGUAAAUCUGUCAACAUCGAACCCGUCAUAUCGUUUAUCGUCCAUUUGAUGAGUUCGAUUGCAAUUGAUUUGGUUCAAGUUGGAAUUUUAUCCAUUUCAAAUGAACCGGUUUUCUUUUCUCAAUGGAAACACAUGUUAUUUGAAAAUUUUCUCUAAACAUUUUUGUUUUCCUAAUUUUGGUGAUAUUUUUGGAUUUCUGAUUAUGUCAUGAAUUCGGACAAAUGUCUUUUACGAGAAAUAAUUUGAGUAUAAUUGGUAAAUUACUUCCUAAUCAUUAUCGACAAUGUUUAAGAAAACGAUCAACCUUAACUUUUGGCGAUGAUUUCAUUACUAAAAUUGGCCUAGAAGUUCAUGCUCAAAUCAAUGCUACAUCUAAAUUAUUUUCCAGAAGUUGUAAUGAUUAUAACAAUCCGCCUAAUUCUGGUGUGUCACUUUUUGAUGCUUCUAUUCCUGGUACUCUUCCCAUUAUAAAUCGUUAUUGUGUUGAGGCUACUGUUAAAAGUGGCCUGGCUUUAAAUUGCUCAAUAAAUGAGAAGUGUUUCUUUGACAGGAAACAUUACUUUUACCCCGAUUCUCCAAAUGGUUAUCAGAUUACCCAAAAAUGUGAACCCAUUGCUACCGGUGGUGCCAUUAGUUUUGUAGUACCAAAAACUAAAACUCGAGACAUUGAAAUAAAACGAGUAUCAUUGAAACAAAUUCAACUUGAACAAGACACUGGUAAAACUUUGAAAGAUAUUAAAAGUGGUGCUGUUUAUAUUGAUCUUAAUCGCUGUGGUGUUGGACUGAUGGAAUUUGUAUUUGAACCUGAAUUGUAUAACCAUUUAGAAGCUUAUUAUCUGGUCAAAGAGCUGAUUAAUAUAUUGAAAAGGAUUGACACUUGUAGUUGUAAAAUGGAGGAAGGAGCUCUUCGUAUUGAUGCCAACGUAUCAGUCUCUCCGGUAAAUGGACCUCCCGGUAAUCGAAUUGAAUUGAAAAAUCUUAAUUCUCUUCAAAGUUUAACCAAAGGAUUAGAAUUUGAAAUCAUGAGACAUUUGGAAAGUUUAAAAAAAGGUCUCUUAGUACCAAGUGAGACGCGAUUCUAUGAUCCAGUUCGGAAAAAGACCUUCCCGAUGAGAGAUAAAGAUAAUGUUGAAGAUUACCGUUAUUUGCCUGAGCCCAAUUUACCUCCAUUAAAAUUGACCAAAGAGACUAAUCAAAGUGAUACCAAUGAUGAUAAUGAUCAAGUAAUCUCCAUAGUCGCAAUUGAAAAGACGAUACCAAGUUUACCGGAAAAGGAACGAGAUAUUUUGAUUAAUGACUACAAAUUGAGUAUUGAAACAUCACAUUUAAUUGUGGAAAAUAAUUUAUUUCCAUUCUAUGUUUCAACCAUGAAUCUUAAUCCUGUUUAUACAACUGCAAUGAUUGGUACCUUUAUUGCCAGAGAAUUAGCUGCCAUACUUAAUGACAAUCGAGUUAAAAUUGAAGAAACAACCAUAACUGGACAAUUUAUUUUAGAUACAUUUGAUUUAGCGGAAAAAGGAGUUAUCACCAUGAAUAUUGUUCAAGAUAUAAUUAAUUUAGCCGUUAAUGGAGAUAAACGACCUGCUAGAGAGAUCGUCAAGGAACAUGGUUGGUGGUUAGUUCAAAAUGAACAAUUAAUCACUGAGAAAUGUUUAAUUGUUGUUGAUUCAAGUCCAAUUGCUGCCUACAAUGCUAAGCGUGGUAAUCACUUCUCAUUAGAUUGGUUAACUGAAAAGUUUAUUAAAGAAAGUAACCUGAAGACGACGAAAAAUGUUAUCCGAUCAACCAUUCGAUUAAUCCUAGAGGGCAGAGAGAUGAAAGAAUUAAAAAAAUUAGCAAUUAAAGCGGAGAAACAAUUAAAAGAUGGAGAGGAUUUUAUAAUUAGAUCAAAAAUUGGUGGAAGAGAAGUUGAUUAAGGACAACAAAAACUGGAAUCAAAUUUGUAAAAAUAUCAUUUAGCUGAUUGUAAAUCUGACCAAAAUUAUCGAAAAUGUUACUACAACAAUUAACUCAAUUGCAAUUACAAGAAAACUAAAUUAUCCUAAUCACUAAGGCGACGAAAGAUAAAGUGUGACAAUUAGACUAAAAUGUAAUCAGCGGUUUUCUGUUGGUUACAAAAUAGGAAACCGAUUUGAUUUUCCCAUUUGUUGUUACUCUUUCUAUUUAAUUAACUUUAAUUACUCCAAAUUGAUUGAACAAUUGAUCUUUUUAAUCUGAUUGUUUUCCAUCUUUAAAUUAAUUGCGAUUGUUGAUUAAAAUUUUCCAAUUAUUUGAAAUGUUUAA